GUGUUAGUGUGGGGGCGGUUGAUAACAGCGGGCAUUGUUUUCUUAUCAACAUCCAAACAAACUGCAUACCACUGCAAAUUUUCCUCUCCUUCAUGUGCCUUCGAACUAUAAUCGUUACGUAACCCCACCUAUCCACAAACAUGAAACACACCCCUGUUAUCAACCUGACCCUUUCAUCCCUUACCAUCGUCGCGGUUUUUUACGGCUCAUGGAGCCUUCUCACGGAAGUUAUCAACACAAUUUUACCAUUCGGACUGAUUCUCACAAUCCUGUUAGUGUGUGCCGUUUAUUUCCUCCGUGUCCCAGCCCCUAGUCCUGCAUCCGUCGAAACAAUUUUAGGAAAGGACCCCGCAGUAGCGUCCAGUGACGACGCCUACGUUAUGAAGACAGUGGCGCACAGGGGCGCCGGCUUGGACGCCCCCGAAAACAGUCUGCCUGCUUUCAAAAUGUGUCACGAUCAAGGGUGCGACGCUAUUGAGUUUGACAUUACUUUGACCAAAGAUGGUGUUCCUGUUGUCUUUCACGACAAUUGCUUGGAGAGGAUGAGUGACUGUAAUUUAGUCAUUGGGGAACAUAAGUGGGAGGAUUUGUGCAAUAUUGACAUAUCAGUAAAGCAUUUGUAUAAGGACAGAUUUGCCAAAACUAAUAUUCCCACAUUAGAACAAACCGUAACUCAGCUUCUAGCUUCAGGCCAAAGGAUGUUCAUUGAUAUUAAAGACAAUAACAAAAAGUUUGUCAAAAUAAUCCACGGCCUUUUCGACCGCUACCCUGACCUCUACUCAAGAGCCGUAGUCUCCUCCUUUAACCCAAUUUUAAUCUACCUUAUCAGGAAAGGGAACCCAAAAAUCGUUUGUUCCCUUGCUUGGAGACCUCAUGCGUUUGCUUACGACUCGUUUAAUUUUCCAAUGGGGCCUGGCAUUCGCCGCGGCAAAGUUUGGUACAAACAUUUCUUGCUAGUUUUGUGCGAUUUCAUACACGAAUGGGCCUUGACCAGAAUCACGUAUUAUCUUCUGGGAUUGUCGGUUAUUUUGUUGCAUAAGGAUGCCAUCAAUGGACGUACGGUCUACGAUUGGCGCAAAAGGGGAUUGAGGGUGAUGGCUUGGACGGUAAAUACGCCGGCUGAAAAGCAAUUUCUUGCACGUGUGCUUAAAAUUACUUAUCUUACUGAUACUUUAACGGGUGAAGGGACUACACAUACUCCUCCUUUGUAAAUAAAAAGUGACAUAAU